AUGGUGUUCUGCACGUACUGUGGCCAGUCCUUUACCAGAGACGAACAUCUCGAACGCCAUAUAUUGACUCUAGAUACCAACGUGAAGCCGUUCAAAUGCUUCACCUGCCACAUGAGCUUCGGUAGGGACCUCUUGCAAAGACACUAUACCGUCCACGGCAAAGACCAGAACCAAUACAUCAUCCCGACCGCGAAUGGUAUGAUACCGAAGUCGGCCGGGAGGACACCCAUUGCAUGCAGCAAUUGCGCGAAGACCAAGACAAAAUGUGACAAGAAGUUUCCGUGCAGUCGAUGCGCGGGGAGGAAUCUGAGGUGUACGCUGCGCCCUACACGAAGGGCUACAAAGGGUGGUGCUCGGGCGGAUGCCGCGCCGGAAGAAGAGGUGGUGAUAUCCAUUGAGCCGGGUGCAGCGGCACAGCAGCUGGACAAUGGGCCCAGGCCGCAACCACGGCCUCCUCCGCUGAAGCCAGCGACGCCGAGAAACGUCGCCACCACCGUCCAGGAAGACCGACCUCUUGCCCCUCUUCCGAUCGUGGAGAAUAAUCCAGGGCAAUUCGUCGAGUCCGUCCAUAUCGCGACUCCGUCGUCGAUGCAGACGCCGGGCAAUGGCUUCAUCCCUACGCCAGUUUAUGAAGACUUUGUGCGGCCAACAUCCAAUAGCUCCGAUGCGACCUCCUCCCCGAACUUUAUGCUUGACUGGACCCAGAUCCCCAUGACCAUGGGCGGCUUCGACGGAGUGGUGCAGCCGCAAAUGCUAAUGCACCACAGCCCGGAAUCGGCGUUCGACGCCCCAACAAUGCUCUCUCUUGCUCCCGCCGUCAGCCUUCCCGCCGACGGCAUGCUGACCAUUAUGCCCAACCUCGCCAAUGGCCCCUUUCGACAUCUGUCCACUCACUCGAUGCCCUCGAUGCAUUCCGACAGCUCUUCGACGAGCGAUGCUUCGGGCGAGAUGACGGCCAUCAUCGCCGCGCGCGACUGCUGGUCGUCGUUCCAGUGUAACCGGACCCUGGUCCCGGUCGCAUGUCCCAAAACCGCACGACUCAAUUUGGAACGAUUGGAGCAGACACUCAAGAAUCACCACGGGUGGGGCACCUGGACGCCGCGGGAAACCGACUUCGCCGGGCCCGACCACCUCAUCGUCAUGCAAUUGCACGAGAGCUCCCGCGACAAGCUGUUGGCCAUUACGCAAAGCUUCCUCCACAAAGCCCUCGAAAUCCACGGCGAAGGCCAGCGUUCCCAUCCUCCGGCUAGCGGCUUGAUGACUCCUGAUGGCGCGUCGAACUUUGUCCUCAUGCCACCCACCCGAGUCUUGGAGUACUUCCUUCGCUCCUAUGCUAAUUGCUUCGAGCGAUACUACCCGUUGACGGGAAUGGGCACUCUCGACGCCAACGAGUUGCUGCACUGCUACAACGACCGGGCAGCCAGUCUUCUCGUGCUGAUGAUGAUCGCGCAAGGCGCCACGGUGGAAGCGCGCAUGCUCACCGGCGGGCUGACGGAAGCAGCUCGCAUCAGCCUCUUCGACCUGAUUGAGAAGAACAUCGCCAUGGCCAGCGAUCCGCUCGUGCUGCACGCCGCGCUCCUCUUCACCGUGCAAGCGGCGUGGAGCGGCGACAAGUGGCAGAUGGACAUUGCCAAGGGCCAGCGCAACAUGUACUUCAGCAUGCUGCGGCACUCGGGCGCGCUGGCGGCGUAUCAUAAUGUGCCGCUCGCGCCUGUCGAGCAGUUCACUCGCCACCAGCUGUGGAAGGAGUGGAUAACGGCGGAGAAGUGCAGUCGUCUUGUAUACUGCUCCGUCAUGAUCGAUCAGGAGAUGGCGUUGUUCAACGACAUGCCGCCGCUGAUUUCCGUCACGGAGUGCACGGCGCCGAUGCCGGAUGCGGAGCAGUUGUGGCUCGCGAAGAGCGAUGGCGAGUGGUCGACGACGUUUGAGCGCGUGCACGAGUUCGUCGGUGGGUCGUCGGUGGGAUCGGGGGUGCGGCCGCCUUCGCUGCGCGAGCUGUUCACUCGCUUCCUCGACGACGACAUCUUAGCUCGCGGCGUGGAGAUGACGCCACUGCAGCUGCGACUGCUGUUGUCGCCUUUGCAAGCACUGGUGACCCAACUGUCGCAACUUUUGAGCUGCUUUCCCGACUCGGGGACGGCGGCAUCGUCACCUACCGCCGCGGCGGGAAUAUCGGCGCGCGAGAGAAUGCGCGAAGUUCAAGUCCUGCUCGGCCGCUGGUUCGCACUGGCUGAACACCACGUCAACAAGCACGACGCCCUGUGCCCAACGAUGCAAACGAACCUCAUCAUCUUCCACCUCAUCAGCCUCAACGCCGUCACCGACUUUCCGGAAAUCGAGCGGCUCGCGCGCGGAGAAAGCUGCGACAUCACUUCGCUGCCGCAGCUGUUCCGCGCGCACAAGCGCUGCGUCGCCGACGUCGAGGAAGCCGUCUACCACUGCGGUCAGGUGCUGCGCAUGGUGCGCAUGAUGCCCCGCGCCAUCCGACCGCCGUGGUGGGCGGCCGCCGUGUACCGCGCCGCGCUGGUGUUGUGGGCGGAUGCCCUCGUGCGCUCGGGCGGGUCGCCGUCCGCCUCACCUCGCCACGAUGGCGCCGGCCCGGCGUUCCCCAUCGACAACCUGCCCGCGGACCAUGCGCUGAUCGUGCGCUAUCUGCAAAAGCGCGAGGGUGUGCCGUGCGUGACGAGGGCGGAUGGGUCACAGAUGGGGAUUGACCACCCGUAUACCAUUCUGCUGCAUUGCAUUGACGUGCUCGAUGAGGGGGCAGCGACGAGGUUUUCGGAGGGCGUGAGAGGGAAGUUGGAGAAGCUGGCUUCGGGCUGA